AGUUUAAAUUAAUGGCGCUUUUCCAAUAAUGUUUGUUUUGAUAUCUUUUCAAUUAAGUUAAUUUUUCCUCCUAAAACUUAGGUUUGUAUGCUAAAGAUGAGCUUAGAUAAAGAAAUAUCCUAUUUGGAGACAUGUUUGCAAAAUGUUACCGAUUCCUUGAGAAAAGGAACGGUGAAGAAGGAAAACUUAGAUCAAAUUAUGUCGAAAAUUCGAGUAGCUACUACUGCUUUAAAUGAUAUUUGUAUUAUACAAGAUUACUCUAAGGAGGAAAUUACUAUUGACGAAUUCAGUGAUUUUGAAGAAUCUUAUGGUUUGGAAGAGGAAGAUUUGGGCGACAUGAUAAAAGCUUGUGAAGAUGCUGAAAAUAGUUUCAACUCUACCGAAGGAACUACAGAAGUACCAGAAGAAAAUGGAAAUCUUGUUAAUGGCUGUGAUUCUGAUGUUGAAGAUUCAGUGAUACUUCCAUCAAAAGAAGAACAGUUUGAAUGUGAUCCUCCAUCAGAAGAACAUUUUAGGAUUCUCAAACAAUUUUUUGGACAUCCUUCCUUUAGACCAAUGCAGUGGAAAAUAAUUCAUAGUGUGCUGGUAGAGCAUAAAGAUGUCAGCGCAGUUAUGGCUACCGGCUAUGGUAAAAGUUUAUGCUACCAAUAUCCUGGUGUGUAUUCUGACAAACCUGUAGUUGUUGUUUCACCUUUAAUAUCAUUAAUGGAAGAUCAAGUCAUGUCAUUAAGUGUAGCUAAUAUAUCUGCCUGUUUUCUUGGGUCAACUCAAACUAAAAUGGGUCAAGUUAAAGAAGAACUACUUCAGGGGAAGCACAAAGUUAUCUACAUAACUCCAGAAUUUGCUGAAAAUGCUGUUUCAUUAUUGCAAACAUUAGAUAAAAAUGUUGGAAUUGUCCUGUUUGCUAUUGAUGAAGCGCAUUGUGUUUCUCAAUGGGGGCAUGAUUUUAGAAGUUCAUACCGAAAUCUAGGGUCGCUGCGUAGAACAUUUAGUCAUGUUCCUUUUAUGGCUGUAACAGCAACUGCCACUCCAACUGUUUUAAACGAUAUUUGUACUUCCUUAAAUCUACGAAAUCCUGUUAAAGUAGUUUCAAGUUUUGAUAGGCCCAAUUUGUAUUUGGAAGUCAGCAUGAAGAGUAACUCAAUAACAAAUGAUUUGCUGAGAGUGAUGACUAAAAAAAAUGGCAAGCCUAGUUUUGCAGGACCAACGAUUAUUUAUUGUCCUACUAGAAAUGCAACUAUAGAGGUUCACAAGAAGAUUCUAGAUAUGAAUGUAUCUUGUCAAAUGUAUCAUGCAGGAAUGACACCUUUACAACGCAAGACUGCUCAUCGAGAAUUUGUUCACGACAAAGUUGAGGUUGUUGUUGCAACUGUUGCUUUUGGUAUGGGCAUUGACAAGCCUGAUGUCAGACGUGUUAUACACUAUGGUGCACCAAAGGAUAUUGAGUCUUAUUAUCAAGAAAUAGGUAGAGCUGGCCGUGAUGGUUCUCCAAGUAUUUGCCAAGUCUUCUAUUCCAAUGGAGAUUUUGUUACUUCGAAGUUUUUCUUGAAAGAAAUUAAAAGUGAAAAGUUUCUAGCUCAUAAACAAGAUAUGAUAUCCAAAAUGCAGCAGUAUUUGAACUCAAAUCAAUGUCGAAGGAAAAUGCUUCUAUCUCAUUUUCAAGGAGAAUCUGUAACAAAUUUGAAACAAAGUGAUAAAUGCUGUGAUAAUUGUAAGAAAAACUUUUUAAAAGCAACUAGUGGUGCUUUUGGGUUGGCAGUUCCAAUAUACAUUCUUCGAGGAUCGUCAAAUCAAAGAGUAACUUCGCAGAUGAAACAAAUUCCAUUUUAUGGGAAAGGAAAGCAUAUAUCAGAGAAUUGGUGGAAAGCUUUUGGUCGUUUAUUAGUAUGUGAGAAAUAUUUGCAAGAAGUGCAGAUAAAAUCGAAAGGAAAAACGAAUAUGUUUGGAGGAUGCACAGUUAACAUCACUUCAAAAGCGAAAAUGUGGUUGGAGAAAGCCAAAUAUUCUCCAGGAAAUGAAUCCCUUAUUUUGGAAAUGAAUGCAGAACUGAUGAAUCUGGCUGAGGCAAAGGCAGUUACUACAAAGAAAAUCAUUGCUCCUCCUGCUCCUGUCAAAAAGAUAUUAGCUUUAGCUGGAUUGAAUACAAUGGAAGAUAACAUCAAUGCUGAUGACCUGUUCAAAGAUGAUGUCCCUCCAUCUGAACCAGUGGAUGAGCGAGAAGAACAACUACAGGUUGACCUCUAUAAGCAGUUAAUGGCUCUAAGAAAUAAGAUUGCCGAAGAGGAAGGUAUUGCACCCUACAUGGUCUUAAGCAACAAAAAUCUUGUGGAUAUAGCUGUCCAUCGACCUGUUUCUGUUCAAUCUUUAUGUCAAAUUGAAGGUAUACCCUCUGCUCGUGCUUCUAAGUUUGGAAAUGCCAUGACUGAACUAGUAAAGCGUUUUUGUGAAGAGAAUGGCUUAGAAACAGAUGUUUUACCCACUUCUAACACAUCUAAUGAGCCAAAAAAAGAUCUUGAUCCCCUUAUGAAACAGUUGAGUAGCACAGCUGAGGAGACGUAUAGGAUUUAUGGAGGUGAUGGGAAGGAUAUCAAUGAAGUAGCUAAAAGAAGAGGUUUAUCACCCAAUACUGUUGUUAACCACCUCAUUGAAGCCAUCAAAGUUGGCUUGCCAGUCACUCUAAAAGAUAUGGGAAUCACAAAAGAAAUAUUUGAGAUUGUUUCAAAAGUCAUUCGAUCACCACCCAUCAAUUCUGAUGUAAGCAGACUUACUCCUAUCAAGCAGUUGUGUCCUGAAUAUGUUGAAUUUAAUCAUAUUAAAAUUAUUAUUGCUGUUCUUCAAAAUAAAUUUGGUGUGAAUGAAAUUCCUAUUGAAAAUGUAAACAAUAAUAAAGAAGGCACCUGUUCUAUGGUUGAGCCUUCUGCUUUGUCACCAGAAAGUACAUCUAAGAAGGGCAUCUGUUUCUCUGAAGAUAACAACAGCUCUCCCAGUUUGCUCAAAAGAAAAGAAAUUGAUUACACUAAACAAACCAAUUUUAAAAAGCUUAAAAGUAGCAAAUUAUUCAAACUGUGACAUUUUUAGACCAAAAUUAAAAAGAAAAACUAACAUUCUUAUGCAUUUCCAUUCCAUAAUAUUUUAUGUGGUGAAAAAAUAGUUAGUACUUAAUUUCCUCGACCUAAGUUUUCUUUAACAUUCUAAAUCUGAUCAAAUGCCGUAUACUCUCAAUAUCUCAAAGUUGAAGGAAGAUUAAAAGAUUUUCGUGGUGGCGAGUUUUUGAGAUAACAAGUUCAGAACUAAAUAUGUUCUAAAAACUAGAAAAAUAUAUUCUAGAAUGCUACUCUAAAAAGUAAAGUCAUGAAACAUAAGAAUAACUACUAAAUAAUUUUAUAUGUAAUGAUAGUUGACCAAAAGUGUAAAUACAACAAUUUUAAUUUUAAAAGGUAAGGACAAAAAUAAUUAUGCAUUAAAUAGAAAACGGUUUACAUUAAACUUAUAUUGUAAUUUUUCCAAAAAAAUUCCUUUUCUAUAUUGAAGAAAAUUUAUCAUAAUAAGGUUUUAGUAUAAACUCUUUGGCAUAGGAAUUUAAAUUAACAUUAGGCUGAUAUAUAAUGCCAAGGGGAAAAAAUAACAAGGUUUUUCGAUAUAUUGAGAGUAUACUGUAUUUAUUAUUCUUUUUUUUUUCUGAUAAAUGAUCGUAUGAAAUGGUUACCUCCGAUGUGUGUGAGCUGAUUUCAAUUCAAAUAUUAAUAUUUAUAUAUUGAUAUCAAAUUAUGACUUUUUGUUAUUUCAGACCAGUGUUGUAUUAGAUGUAUUUUAAUACUUUCUCAGGUAUGGUGAUCAUUUUUUUCAAUGUAUAUAAUGUAUUUUUAUGUAAAUAAUAAAAAAAACAAUUUUGA